CUGACCACAUCUCUGUCUUGUCAGGGUGAUCUGGAUCUGCAGCUUCCGCCGCGCGUAAAACCAAACUCUAUUACGCAGCGGAGGCAGGACGCGUAAUAAAAAUAAUAAUACUAAUCUGCUGUGAUUUCAGACUAAGAUUAAGAUGGGGAACUUCACAACAUCUCCACAGCAGCUGAACCACACUUUAGGAGUGUGGACUGACUACAGCCUCCAGUACAAAGUGACCAGCAGUUUGCUGCUGCUGCUCAUCUGCGUCCUCGGCAUCGUCGGGAACGUGAUGGUGAUCCUCGUGGUUCUGACCACCAAACACAUGCGGACUCCCACCAACUGCUACCUGGUGAGUCUGGCCGUGGCGGACCUGAUGGUGCUCACAGCGGCGGGUCUGCCCACCGUCACGGACAGCGUGUUCGGCUCGUGGGUGUUCGGACACUACGGCUGCCUGUGCAUCACCUACUUCCAGUACCUGGGCAUCAACGCGUCUUCGUGCUCCAUCACCGCCUUCACCAUAGAGCGGUACAUCGCCAUCUGUCACCCCAUCAAAGCGCAGUUCCUCUGCACUUUGUCCAGAGCCAAGAAGAUCAUCGUGCUGGUUUGGGCUUUCACGUGUCUCUACUGCCUGAUGUGGUUCUACCUGUCGGACAUUCAGGAGCUGGUGUACGACAACAUCACCAUCACCACGUGCGGCUACAGGGUGCCCAGGAAGUUCUACCUGCCCAUUUACUUCUUCGACUACGGCGUGUUCUUCGUGUUGCCGCUGCUCCUCUCUGCGGUUCUCUACGGCCUCAUCGCGCGCAUCCUCUUCCUCAACCCGCUGCCCUCUGACCCCAAGGACAAGAAGAAGAACGGACAGUGCAGCAGCGGCGGCAACAACCACGCCAACAACAACCACACCAACAACAACCACAGCAAGAGCAUCAGCUGCAAAAACACGCGCCACUCCAGCUCCACCGCAACAUCCCGCAGACAGGUGACCAAGAUGCUGGCUGUGGUGGUGAUCCUGUUCGCCGCUCUCUGGAUGCCGUACCGCACUCUGGUGGUGGUCAACUCCUUCCUGGACCGGCCCUACCUGGACAACUGGUUCCUGCUCUUCUGCCGCAUUUGCAUCUACCUCAACAGUGCCAUCAACCCGGUCAUCUACAACGCCAUGUCGCAGAAGUUCCGCGCCGCCUUCCGCAAGAUCUGCCGCUGCAGGAGGAAGGGCUCCGACAAACCCGCCACCUACAGCAUGGCGCUCACCUACAGCGCCGUCAAGGAGACGUCCAUGGUGGAGAGCACCGACCACUUCACGACAGAGCUGGAGGAGCUCACCGUCACAGACGAACUGCUGCCUGACCAGAAAAGUAUGUUUCCCAAUCCGUGUGUUUAUAGGAAGGUGGAUUUCAGUGAAGCCUGAGG